CGGACUCGGGGAAGCAGCCAGUUCGAGUCUGGGUCCCGGAGGCCAGCGAGCGCCCAGGACAGGGAUGCUGUCUGGGCUAGCAGCGAUGGAGCUGAAGGUGUGGGUGGACGGCAUACAGCGCGUGGUCUGUGGGGUCUCAGAGCAAACCACCUGUCAGGAAGUAGUCUUCGCACUAGCCCAAGCAAUAGGCCAGACGGGCCGCUUUGUGCUCGUGCAGCGUCUCAGGGAAAAGGAACGGCAGCUGCUGCCCCAAGAGUGUCCAGUGGGUGCCCAGGCCACCUGUGGGCAGUUUGCCAGUGAUGUCCAGUUUGUCCUGAGGCGGACAGGGCCCAGCCUUGCUGGGAGGCCCUCCUCAGACAGCUGCCCACCUCCUGAGCGCUGCCCGGUCCGUGCCAGCCUCCCUUCGAAGCCACGGCCAGCCCUGGGCCAUGAGCAGCGCAAAGCAUGGACCUUCAGCCUCGGGUGCCCCGGACUGACCCCCAGCCCUGCACCACCUGACCCUGUGGCCCCGGUAGCACCAGUCCCAGGCUCCAGUGUAGACCUGCAGGGCCUGGAGCUCAGGGUGCGGAGGAACGCAGCGGAGCUGGGUCAGGAGGCCUUCUGGGAGCAGGAGCUGCGGCGGGAGCAGGCUCGGGAGCGAGAGGGGCAGGCACGCCUGCAGGCCCUGAGCGCAGCCACCGCGGAGCACGCUGCCCGGCUACAGGCCCUGGAUGCCCAGGCCCGUGCCCUGGAGGCGGAGCUCCAUCUGGCCUCAGAGGCCCCCGGGCCCCCCUCACCCACAGCAUCUGCAGCAGAACGCCUGCGCCAGGACCUGGCUGCCCAGGAGCGGCAGAGCGCAGAAGUGCAGGGCAGCCUGGCCCUGGUGAGCAGGGCCCUGCAGGCAGCCGAGCACGCCCUACAGGCCCAAGCCCAGGAACUUGAGGAGCUGAACCGAGAGCUGCGCCAGUGCAACCUGCAGGAGUUCAUCCAGCAGACGGGGGCUGCACUGCCACCAGCCCCGCGGCCAGACAGAGGCCCCCUCAGCACACAGGAUCUUCUGCCUCCGGCCAGAGAAGAGCCCCUCAAGAACCCCUCAGAAUCCUGCUCUAGUGUCCAGCCUGAGCCCAGAGAUUGCCCCAAUGAGGCAGAACUCCUGGAGGUAGCAGCUCUGGCCCCAAAAUGGACGUCCACUGCCAGCCUGGCCCCGGGCUCCCGUGACACAACGAGCAAGGGCAGCCAAGGCCAGCCUGACCUGGAUGACAGGAGAGCUGGUAGUUGCAGAGGAGUCGUUCCCCCAUGCAGUGGGAAGCCCUGGUGCCCUGGGCCUGAGACAGAGCACCUCAGGGCCCCGGGCUUUCCGCCGUGUGGGGGUGGAGGGAGUCUGCCAAGACGCCUGGACAGGCAGGAGGCAUGACCAGCUCAGAAUGUGCUACACCCCGAAGAUCACGGCUCCUUGUGGGGGAUGGGAGACGUGUGGACACUGCUCAGCUGUGGGUGUGUGCUUGUGUGUGGGAGGUAGCCUUCUUUGAGCCUGCGUACACACAUGGGCAUGCCACCUUCCCUACCCCAACCCUAAAACCUCAAUAAACUGCCCAGAAUGGC